GCUUUGUCGGAAAACAAAUGGGGAGAAUUAUUACUGUUGCUGUGUCAUCUCCGGGUCGCAAUAGCUUACUUUUUUAGCACAUUCAUUUAGCGCCUCUGUCAACUAAUCGCUUCUGAGGUAAAGUGCCACAAUGGCUUCCCUUAGCACCUACCGACUGAGUUGCUCUAUUCCGGGCCAUGAGAUGGAUGUCAGAGGGCUCGUCACGGCGGGGUUUCCAGAUGGAGCUUUUGUUUCCGCGUCCAGAGACAAAACAGCCAAAGUCUGGAUGCCAAAUUUAAGUGAGAAGAGGGGCUUCAUAGAGAUGCACUGCAUGAACGGCCACACCAACUAUGUGUCCUGUGUGUGCAUCAUCUCCCCGAAUGAGACGUACCCCCACGGCCUCAUCGCCACCGGCAGCAACGACAACAACAUCUGCAUCUUCUCUAUGGAUCGACCCGAUCCACUCCUCACUCUAAGGGGACAUAACAACACAGUGUGUUCACUCUCGGCUGGGAAUUUCGGGACGUUGCUGAGUGGAUCGUGGGACACAACGGCCAAAGUCUGGCUUAAUAAUAGGUGUAUGAUGACCUUACAGGGACACACACAAGCGGUGCUGGCGGUUGUCAUUUUGCCAGAACAGGGUCUUAUGCUCACAGGAUCUGCUGACAAAACUAUUAAACUCUGGAGAGCAGGUCGUUGUGAGAGAACAUACUCAGGUCAUGAGGACUGUGUCCGAGGACUAGCCGUGCUGAGCAGCCUGGAGUUUUUAUCCUGUAGCAAUGACACUAGCAUCAGACGCUGGACGGUGAAGGGAGAAUGCGUUCAAGUCUAUCACAGUCACACCGACUUCAUCUACAGUUUGGCCGUCUUACCCAACGGACAAGACUUCAUAAGCACAGGAGAGGACGGGAGCGUCCGUGUCUGGAAAAACGGUGAAUGUGCUCAGGCCAUUUGUCUGCCUGCUCAGUCAGUCUGGUGCUGCUGUGUGCUGCAGAACAGAGACAUUGUUUUCGGGGGAAGCGACGGCACGAUCCGGGUGUUUACCGAGAACGAGGAACGUGUAGCAAGUGCUCAGGAUCUGCAAGCUUUCGAGGAAGAGCUCUCUAAAAGAACUAUAGACCCAAAGAUGGUAGACCUGGGAGACAUCAAGAUAGAGGAGUUACCAGGCAGAGAGCAUUUAAAUGAGCCUGGGAAUCGAGACGGGCAGACGCGUCUCAUAAAGGAAGGCUCUAACGUUGAAGUGUAUCAGUGGAGCGUGUCUGACAGCCGCUGGAUAAAGAUCGGAGAUGUGGUGGGUGGCUCCUCAGAGCAGAACUCCAAGAGCGUAAUGUACGAGGGCAAGGAGUAUGAUUUUGUUUUCACCAUUGACGUGAAUGAGGGGGAGCCUCCCAUGAAGCUGCCCUAUAACAUUAAAGAUGACCCCUGGCAGGUAGCACAGAGCUUUCUGCAGAAGAAUUCCUUGAACCCCAUGUUCCUGGAUCAGGUGGCUAACUUCAUCAUCGAGAACACCAAGGGGCACACGCUCGGCACGGCACCGGCCGCCGCUGUCGAUCCCUUUACAGGUGCUGGACGCUAUAUUCCAGGCUCCACAGACCCGAGACAAGGCUAUGGCACAGACCCCUUCACAGGUGGUGGGCGUUACAUCCCCGGAUCAGGUCCUGCACCCACAGCGUCUACAAGUGCGGCUGAUUCCUUCACAGGUGCCAGUGCCUACUCUCCUGCUGCUCCCCAGAAGUCCGUCACCAAUAUUUAUUUCCCCAAUACAGACGGCGUUAUGUUUGCGCAGGCCAACGCUACAAAAAUCCUUGAUAAGCUGCGGGAGCUGAACGGCAACGCUCCGGACGACCACAGGCUGAGCGAUGAGGUGUUGGGUAGUCUGGAGAAACUGCUGAUCAUGGUAUCUGACACUAAGAGCCAAGAUCAGCCUACAGGAGAACAAAUCAGCAUCCUCUGGAGGACCAGCCACUGGCCUGAAGAUAUCGUCUUCCCCGUACUGGACAUUCUGCGUAUGGCUGUGCGCCACCCUGAGAUCAAUGCUCAGAUGUGUGGAGGAACAGAAGGUGAAAGUCUCUGUAACCACCUGCUGGGCCUCAUGUCACCACAGGGUCGGGCACCCAAUCAAAUGUUGGCUUUGCGUACUUUCUGUAACUGUUUCUCUGGAUCCCGCGGCCGAUCUCUGCUCCUAAGCCAGAGGGAAGCAGUGCUUUCCCAGGCAGUCGAGCUCCGCACCGUCUGUAAUAAAAACAUCCACGUGGCACUAGCCACUCUCUUGCUGAACUACGCAGGUGUGCUGCAUGGCCAAGAUGUUGAGAUCGAGGCCAAAGCCCAGUGUUUAUCAGUUGCUAGCAGUGCUCUGGAGGUAGUGCAGGACAAAGAGGCUGUGUUUAGGCUUUUAGUAGCACUUGGAACUACGGUGUCUGGAGACCACACGGCCAAAGAUCUGGCACGCUCGCUAGGAGUUGCAUCGCAGAUUACAAAGUACGCCAGCGUUUCCGACCCAGCUAAACUGGGCGAGUGCUGCCGACUGCUGCUGGAUGAACUGCAGUGAUGACACUCGGAGCUCAUAUCUGACUGCAACUGUUUUACAUGAUCCUUUCACGUUGCAGUAAUUCAGCACUUAGGUUCUGUUAAAUUGGUUCUGUUUCCUGGUGAUGAAUGACCGAAUGAAUGCAUGAUAUGAAUAAAAUAUUGAUGUAUAGUAAUCUCUCCUAAUGCAAUGUCCAGGGUGAUCGUAACAUCCUCUCUUUCAGGAUUAUAUAGAAAAGACAAGGUUUGGGGUGGAGAAAUGUCUGCAAUGUAGAUAUAGACCUUACAUAUGCGACAGUCUGGGAAAACCUUUCACAUGGUGACAUUUUUUACUGUAUAUAGUUUGUUAUUGUAACAUAUAACUAUCAACUAACAUUGUUAAAGCUUGCUAUUCACUGUGUUAGACUCUUGGUUUUGUAAAAACCAAGGUGUUGCGACCACAGUAUUUGCGACCACAGUGACUUCCGACAGCUUUUCCCAGAUCACCACAGUGAUGAACAGAAAAUGCUUGCAUCAUAAACAAAAAACCACAUCUAUGAUUCUUCUCCAUGAACUUUAUUUAUCAAACUCUGUUCGUGUGCAGUCUGUGCAGUUCUCCAGGUUAUGCAGUUCAUUUUUAAUGUUCAUAGAGAAUCUACACUGAAUGCUUUAGCUAAAUAAAACUCAGCCGUUUAGCUACACUAAUACUAUGGAAGUAGCUUUAGUUGUUCAAUAUACCACCACUGUCACUUUUCUGCAGAGACCAAGAUUCCAUGCAAUCUUUUUUAAAUAGGAAAAGGAAGCCCCAAAUAAAUUAUAGCAAAAACCAAAGCCUUAGAACCUGUGAAGCUUUGUUACAUCUAAGGAAGAAAUGGAAUGAUUCAAUGGCUCUGUAAACAAUUUUGUUAUACUCCAUGAGUUUGUUCAACUUGGUAAACCUUCAUUUCUGGCAAAUAAAAUUCUCUUGUUCAGGUUGA